AUGUGCAGAACACGCCCGGAGCCUCUUAAGAAGGGCCCUGGUACUCGCCAACUUCCUAAGGGAAACCAUCCUAAGGGAUGUGCAGGACACGCCCGGAGCCUCUUAAGGGGGGCCCUGGCACUCGCCAACUUCCUAAGGGAUGUGCAGGACACACCCGGAGUCCCUCAAGGGGGACCCUGGCACUCGCCAACUUCCUAA